UUUGCUUCAGUGCCUGAGCCCCAAAUUUCUGAUGAGUGAAAAUACUUCUGAGAAACAAAAUUCGAAAGAGUAUUUUCUAGACUUCGAUUUUUAAGAAUUGCGACCUCAGCGACGCUUCUGGCCAACCUUGGCCAGAGAACUCAAAACUAAGGUCUGCUCAACAAUGUGGCAUAGCGAGACCAGGUCACAGUUCAACAUGGAUGACAGACUUCAUAGUGUAAAACUCUACGUCAUGAAAGAAGAUGAGAAAUGGGAACAUAUAGGCUCAGGUCAAAUUUCAACCAAAUACAUCGGACGGCUGCAGGGUGUAUGCCUACUUCUUCAUUCAGAAUUAGAUGGCUCUCGGCUAAUAGAGAGCAAAAUUAAUCCUGAUGUGACAUAUAAGAAACAACAAAGGAAUUUAAUUAUUUGGACUGAUGCUAAUAAUCAAACUAUGGCACUAUGUUUCCUAGAGCCAGAUGGCUGUCAAGAUAUCUGGAAUGAUAUCUGCCAGGUUCUAGGUAAAGACCCAAGCGACCAGAUCUCUGAAGAGCUUACCGGGGUGAAUGACAGUUUUCAAGAACUGUCCCAAAUUGAGAAUCUGUUUCAGAUGCCUAAAUGUGAACUAGGUAAACUUGACAACAUUGCAGAUUUAUUUAAUAUUGUAGAAGAAUCGCCAUGCCUCAAGGAACGGCUGGCUCAGCUCUUGGAAAGUGAAGAUUACAUCAAAAAGUUGCUACAGAUGUUCCACACUUGCGAGGAACAGAAGAACGUGGAAAGGUUACAGGUUUUACAUGUCAUUAUUAAAGGAAUCCUAUCUCUCAACAAUGCACGUUUAUUUAAUAUUAUGUUUUCUGAUGAAUAUGUCAUGGAUGUAGUAGGAUGCCUUGAGUACGACCCUAGUUCGGAUCAUCCAUAUCAGCACAGGAAAUUCUUGACUGAAAGUGCAAAAUUUAAAGAAGUUAUGCCAAUCACAAACUCUAAACUUAAGCAAAAAAUACACCAAACCUACAGAAUGCAAUAUAUUCAUGACAUUCUAUUACCUAUAUCAUCCAAAUUUCAAGAGGAUUGGCUUUCUGAUCUUACAACUUUUAUUUUUUCCAAUAAAAUUGAAAUAAUUAGCAUGCUGCAUGAAGAUGAAAUGUUUUUGCAUGAAGCUUUUAGUGAGUUAAAAUAUAACACUGUAGGUGAUGAAAGACGGAGUGAAUUGUUAUUUUUCUUUAAGGAGUUCUUUGAAUUUGCUAAGAUAUUAAAUUUUCAGAAGAAGGAUGAGUUAUUGAAAACAGUGAUAAAGCUAGGAAUCAUGAGUGCUCUGAAAGUUUCAGUAUGUAUGCAAGACAACAAAAUAAAAGUAGCUGCUCUAGAUAUAUUUACUUGUCUAGUAGAAUUUAAUGCACGAAUAGUCCGAGUGUAUGCAGUGGAAGAAGUUGAGGACAGUGAAAAUAAGGAUGAUCUUCUCAUCAAUAUAAUGAUCAGACAAAUCAUCUGUGAUCCUGAUCCUGAAUCUUCUCAUGUUUUAAGUUUGGCAGCAGUUCUCUGUGCUCUUCUUGACCCACAAAACAUGUUUGUAACAUCUAAUAGAUAUGAAAGAAGAGAAUUUAUGAAUUACUUCUAUACGCAUUGCAUGGAUAACUUGGCAGCACCAAUUUUAUCUAUCACAGGACAAAAUGAUAGUGGUGAUAACAUAAGCAACAUCUAUUCUGAUAAUGACCAAAAUCCACAAUUACUUGGAAUAGUUUUGGAAUUGCUCAGCUUUUGUUUACAAAACCAUACAACCUAUAUCAAAAAUUAUAUUUUGAGCAACAACUUGCUCAGCAGAAUCCUGGUGCUGAUGAAUUCAAAGCACACUUUUCUUGUUUUGUGUGCUCUGAGAUUUAUGAGACAGAUGAUUGGCUUUAAAGAUGAAAUUUAUAAUCUUUACAUAAUGAGGAAAAAUCUUUUUGAACCUGUUAUAAAUGCUUUUCUUCGUAAUGGAAAACGAUACAAUAUGUUAAACUCAGCUAUUAUUGAACUAUUUGAAUUUAUUAGAGUGGAAAACAUCAAGUCUCUUAUUGCAAACAUUGUGAAAAAUUUUUUUACGGCUUUUGAUUCAGUUGAGUAUGUUCAGACAUUUAAAGGUUUGAAAAUUAAAUUUGAAGAACAGAAGGAAAGAGAAAGUCAAGUAAGAAGAAACUUACAUGAUAUAAUAUAUGAGAAAUUAUACUUCAGACGUAUGAAAGCUAUGGAGGUAAAUGUCAAGGAGGAAAUGUGUCCUAGAGUAAAUACUGAAGAUGUUCUGCCAUUGGAAGGGGACUUGCUAAAUUCUUAUGACACUUUUAUGAAAAUAAAAGAGACAAGUGAAAAUGAAGUAGAACAGUCAGAAGAAAAAUUAUUUGAAUUUGACUGUUCAUCUCGUUCUGAGGUUUCUGUUAGAGGAAUGCGUAGGCCACCAUACCGUAGCAGGAUGAUUCCAUUAGUGGACUACUCAGAUGAUGAUGAUGAUGAUGAUGAUGAUGACGACGACAGUGACAGUGAUGAUCAUCAGGAUGAUGAAGAGGAAGAAGAACCUCCCCCCAAAAGACCUAAUCUUGGUUCAUAAAAUAAGAUGAGGCCCUCAACUUUUGAUUCAAAUAAAAUUUGAUAAAUAUCACAAACUGAAAAUUCUAAUUUAAAAGAAAAUUUUCUCUUAUGGACUUUUAGAUAUGGUAUAAAGAAUAGUAAAUAUGUUGAAUAAAAGGCCUCGAAUUUAUAUAAAGAAAAUCUUCCAUAAUAUAGAUUCAUAAUAUAAAACCAGCCCCUAAGUGAUAACAUCUUAUCAAGAACAACUUAUUUUAGCAGUAUGGUUUGUGAGGAGGAAAUGGUUUGAUGAAGUAAUACAAUUUUCACUCAGGUCUUUAUAUUGCAAACAACUUCAAGAGCUUUAUUACAAAACUUACUUUUAAAAGGGAUCUAGUAACGGAAAAAAAAGUCAAUAUUAAAGUAAAAAUAAAGUGAGACUUCCCAACAUUUCUAUAAAGAUUUAGCAGAACUUCAUCAUUAUGAAUA